UUGACCCUUUACACCUGAAUGACUGCAGAUGAAGCUCAUCUACAUACCCUACAACACUAUUAAUGGACUGCUAUUGAGCAUAGGCCUACGUGGUUCUGCAUAAUAUUACUAUGGGAUCAUAAAACUAGCUAGGUUCAAUGAAGAACCUUGACAUUAAAUGAUAUUGAAGAAGUCUGUCAAUAUAUAUAGUGUCGGUGGGCCUCAUACAUGACAUUUGAUGGAAAAUCUCAAACGUCGUCCUUAGUAACGAGGAAGUUACUAAAUUAGACCGAAGCGCGCGUUGAAUACUAUUCAAGCCGGCAGAUUCAUCAACGCCAAAGCAACGAUGUCGUUUGUGAGGAUAGGUCGUUCGGUGCCCGGCCAGGGAAAGCGGCCCCCUGUAAGGUCCAAGAAGACAAGUGCCCCCAACAAAGAGUGGGUGAGCACCGUCAACGACCUCUCUGUGCACAAGCUGACACCUGAAGAAGUGAGCCGUCGUCACGAGAUGCACCGGUCCCAGAACAGGGCGGUGGCCAAAUGGGAGCUGAGGGAGCGGGUUCUGAGACGGCGCCGGAAGCACACACACCCCAACAGCCCCGGCCCCCUGGACCGAGCCAGCAUCAGCAUCAUCAGAGAGGUUUUCUCAGAGCACCUGCAGUUGCAAGACGUUCUAGCCCGUUCUGACAGAGCCAUGGCUGUGGUCAAAGAUCUGUUUGGAGAUGCCCCGCUCAGGCAGACCGGCUUCCCCAGUGUAACCAUGGCUCCGGACUGUGGCUCGGACGCUGACCUGCCGGUCCUGCAGAGACCGGACCCUCCUACCCAGUUGUCUCUCCUCAGCCAGUCUCUCAUGGACACACAAGCCUUGAAUGAAGUGGAGCAUUUAGAGGAUGGAGACGAUCAUGAAGAAGCGGACCCCUCUUCAUCCUUCAGCUCCCAGUCCAACAUGGACACACACAGUUGCAGAGGGAACCAGAGGAAGGGGAAAGCCAAGCCUCACAGAGCCAGAGGGCCGCAGCAGCAGAAGAUGUGUCAAGCCACUCCUGACCAGCAGGGGGCGGUAGACAACGUUGCCCAGACGCCCUGUACCUCAGGGGCUUCUGCUGGGCAAGCAGCUCUCAAUGCCACUGUGGCAGUCCAGCGGUUGAGGACCAAACAAAACCAGAUGGAGCCGUCAGAACGUGGCGAGCCUUCUGUUCUGGUCACUCAGGUGUUGAACGCUGACCAUCCUCUCACCCUCUCCGGCAAGAAGGUUCGGUCGUCCAGGGCCAACAGGGGGCGCAGUGCAGAGGGCUCAGUGCUGGACGGCUCCAACAUCAGCUCCCUGAGUGGAAACCAGUCCAGCCUGGGGCUGCUUCAGGGCCUGCUGGCCCAGGUGGAGUCAGAGCUGGACGGUCUGGGCCCGGCGGAGCGGCCUGUCAGCGGAGCCCCAGGACCAAGGCCCCAGCCCAGCUCCCACAGCCUCACAGGCUUCUCCGUAGCCCUGGUGUCCUCCCUCGGACGCAUGGCCAGCCUCCUGAGACAGAGGGAGGAGGAGGCGCGGAGGGAGGCGAGGGAGAGGAGCAGGCUGGCGGAGGCUGUGAAGGAGCAGAGGGGGCUGAUCGACGCCCUCACCGCUGAGACCCUGGCCCUGAGGGAGGAGAGCGCCGCCCUGCAGGCAGCAGUGCAGCACCGGACACAGGAGCUGGAGCACACAGUGGACACGGUGGUGUUGGCUUUGGGAGGCCUGGGGCUGCUGGGAGGAGGCCAGGGGCUGCUGGGAGGAGACAUGAGCUCUGAAGCAGCAGCGUCUGACAGUGGGACGUUAGGCUGCGAUCGUGGACCCCACGAUGCUGUUAGAGAGCCCGCUGUCCACCCUGCUGUGCUCCUCUCUCCUCCUCGUCAGAGAGACAGCCGCCAGCACUCCUCAGUGGUUCGUUCCCUGUCUCUUCAUCAGCAGACCUCUCGCCCCGCUCCGACCCUCAGCCCCGCCCCCUCCCUCUGCAGCCUGCCCCGCCCCUCCACCGCCUCCCCUAUGGACCACACCCUCGAGGAACCGAACAUACUCUCCCAGGACGCCAUGCUGGCUCAGAUCGCAGAGCUGACGCGCCAGAACGCCCUGAUCAAGACUCAGCUGGUCCAGUCGCGAGGCCAUGGCUCAGGCCACAGGUCACCCAGAGACCAUGCCAACAGGAGGGGGUCUGGCUCCAGCAGCGCAGGGAGAGAGAUGCCUCUGAGCGGUCCGGAGAGGCAAGCGCCUGCCCCCAGCACAGGGAGGGCAACCCCCCAGAUGGAUGCUGAGAGAGACCGAGGCCCCACCCCUAGUAGAGCGGAGCUACAACUCUCACAGCAGACUGUGGAGUCUGACAGGCCGUGUGUGAGCAGCAUGGAACAGCGCCUCCUGGAGCUGAACCAGCAGAGCGCCGCAGCCAGGAGCAGACUGCUGGAGCUCAUAGAGCAGCAGCAGCAGAGCAGCUCAGCCAGAGGGUCUCCCUCUGUCUCCCCCUCUGUCUCCCCCAUACCUCCACACUCCCUCAGCACCGCCACAGCCAGUGGAAGGACCCCAGAGUCGUCCGUGUCGCUGCCUGAGCAGGACCCCUCCCCGGACUGCAGUGGAGACAGGAGGAGAACCGGCAGUGCGGUCUCUCCACAGAGUGUUGGAACAGAUUCUCAAGGAGCUGUGACUCGGGGAGGUGGGGUGAGAGGAGAAGGCUGGUUUGCCUUGUCCACUCAUGUAAGAUGACAGGAAAAGCACAUGCCCUUUCCCUGCUACCUGAGGCACUAACACAAUGAUUGACGGAUGUUAAAAUGUGUUUUUAAUGGUGUGAUUUCUUUUAACCUAUGCAAAAUCAUUAUGUAUGUAAAUUAAACAUUUUAACAGUG